UCUUAGGAAGCUGGCCAUGGGACCGACGAUUGCUGAUAUUACUUUCACCCGGGUUCUCAGAGAAUCUGACUCUUCUACUAUUUUCCAAGUGACCGUUGAAGGGGAGUCACGUGUCUUAAAGGUGUACCACACGACAGAGAGAUUUCACGCCGACCCUUCUAACCGCGAAAUUGAUGCCUUCACCUGUGAGAGCACUGCAUAUUAUCAUCUAAAAGAGAAAGGGUUAUGUCAACAAAGAGUAGUACCAGACUUUUACGGUGUGAUAAAACAGAUCGAUCCGAUAUUGUGCCAACCUUUUUUGAAGCCAUUUUUGAAAGAUAUGCUACUCCCUAAUGCCAUCCUUAUCGAAUAUAUUCCGGAUCUGCAUGAAAUAGAUCUUUCAACAUUUUCAGACUACCGCAUAGCCACACUUCGUACAAUUCUGGAGAGCAUUCAUGGAGUAGGAAUUUAUCAUGGUGACCCCUAUCCUCGAAACAUGAUGGUCCAGAAAUAUACAGAAAGGGUUCUCUGGAUUGAUUUUGAUCAUGCACAAACAUUCUCAGGGCGUGAAUGGAAAUGGCAGUGGAUGCAUGAUGAAAAAGAGAUGGUCGAUGAGUUUCUUGAUGCCCUAGUAAGUUACUUCCUAAUUGUUUUGCCGAUCCAACUAACCUUUGCCUAGACCAAAGAUUAUAAUGAUGGCAAGAUAUUGCGCACCUGGCCUUAUUAUUACACAUAUUUAUGAAUCCCCUUAAAUUCCAGAGUAGCUACAAAAUGAGUUAUCGACUAGCAGCAUUUGCACCGCAAGAGUCUUGUAGAGGAGUGAAGGAAGAUGGUCCUGGGGAUUUGGUCUAGCAGUUUAGAAGAGUUAUCAUAUUAGUUGUGGUGACUUUUGACUGUUAGGGUCAUUUAGGUUUCC